GAUACAUCGAUAUAUCGAUACUUUUUUAACAAGCCCACCACUUACCACUUACCAGUAAUAGUCUGUGUAUGCGUGUCUAGCUUCUUUUCGAUUUCAAGAUGCCGCCCAAAAAGGACGCGAAGUCUUCGGCUAAGCAGCCUCAGAAAACACAGAAGAAGAAGGAGGGAUCCAGUGGCGGCAAAGCCAAGAAGAAGAAGUGGUCUAAAGGAAAAGUUCGUGACAAGUUGAACAACCAAGUGUUGUUUGAUAAACCCACUUAUGAGAAACUCUACAAAGAAGUGCCACAGUACAAGCUGAUCACUCCUGCUGUAGUCUCUGAGAGAUUGAAAGUCAGAGGUUCUCUUGCGAGGCGAGCACUCAUUGAACUCAGAGAAAAAGGCUUAAUCAAGCAGGUAGUCCAACACCACGGCCAAGUAAUAUACACAAGAGCAACCAAGGGUGACGACCCCGUCGCAUAAAGUUAUGAUUAAGUUAUAAUAAAACAAAAAUCCAAA